GCUCGAAUAAGAAAAACCCAAUUCGUAAAUCCAAAAGCUAACAAUCGUGUUUUUCAAAAUAUAAGUGGUGAACAAAAAAUAACAUUGGAGAUUUGGCAUCCAAUAUCUAUAACAUGUGAAGAGGCGGAUUUUCAAAAAACUGAAAGCUCUUUAACAAAAUCGCAACUUUCAUCUAUUAUUAACUCUUUAAUUCCUUCUUUAGGUGAUUCUGAUCGUUCACAUUUUCAAGGUUUAUCGAGUAAAUCUUGUAAUGAUUUAAUAAAUAUUCUUCGAGAGAUUAGAAGUGUAGUGGCCGAAAAUAGUAUUAAUAUUGGCA